AGAGCUCCACCAAUCAGCGCUCGUCCUGCGCUGCGGCGCUGCCGCAUGAUACAGACCGUAGGGGUCGGCUUUUAGCCAUGAACUCUAGUAACUUCAUCACAUCCAUCGGCUGAGGUGUGUACACAUCAGUGUUAGUGCGUGCCUGCAGCGCACCGUCAGCCAUGCCUGUGACGUCUCAGCUGCUCAGGGGUUUGCCCCGUGCCAAGGUGUUCGCCUCCGGCGUCUUUCCGUGCCAACAGCACCCGACUCAGUUCGGGCCCGGCGCGCGCCGACCCGCCUCAAGGCGGCCGCCCCACGUGUGGCAGAGACACCAGCCAUCACGAAGUUACCGGACAACAUCAGCACUCCACAGCUACAACCUCACGCCGCCGCAGGUCAACUCCAUUCUGAAAGCCAACGAGUACAGCUUCAAGGUGCCAGAGUUUGAUGGGAAAAAUGUCUCAUCAGUGAUGGGCUUUGAAAGUAAUCAGCUUCCGGCCAACGCGCCAAUAGAAGAUCGCCGCAGCGCAGCCACAUGCCUGCAGACACGAGGAAUGCUGCUGGGUGUGUUCGACGGCCACGCCGGCUGUGCCUGCGCUCAGGCGCUGAGUGAGAGGUUGUUUUACUACAUAGCUGUGUCACUGCUGCCCCACAACACUCUGUGUGAGCUUGAAGCAGCCGUGGAGGCCGGCAGGGCCCUCAGUCCCAUCCUGCAGUGGCACAAACACCCCAACGACUACUUCAGCAGGGAGGCUCAGACCCUCUACUUCAACAGCCUGCGGACUUACUGGCAGGAAUUAAUAGAUCUGACCAGUCCGGGCGAGGUUCCAGAAACCCGUGAGGCCCUGAUGAAUGCAUUCAAGAGGCUGGACAGUGACAUUUCUCUGGAGGCUCAGGUUGGCGACCCGAAUGCUUAUCUGCACUACUGGGUUCUGAGAGUGGCCUUCUCUGGAGCAACAGCCUGCGUCGCUCACAUCGACGGAUCAGACCUCUUCAUAGCUAAUGCAGGAGAUGCUCGGGCGGUGUUGGGGGUGCAGGAGGAGGACGGUUCAUUCAGCGCUCACACACUCUCCAACGACCACUGCGCCCAGAAUGAGGAUGAGGUCUCCAGGAUACGAGGCGAACACCCUCAGUCAGAGAGGAAGACUGUCAUACGCCAGGACCGGUUGCUCGGCCUGCUCAUGCCGUUCCGUGCAUUUGGGGAUGUGAAGUUCAAGUGGAGCAUUGAGCUGCAGAAGCGCGUGUUGGAGUCUGGGCCCGAUCAGCUUCACGAAAACGAGCAAACCAAGUUCAUCCCACCGAACUACCACACGCCCCCGUACCUGACCGCCGAGCCCGAGAUCACGUACCACAAACUGCGACCACAAGACCGCUUCCUGGUGAUCGGCUCUGACGGCCUCUGGGAGACGCUCCACAGACAGGAAGUGGUGCGCAUCGUGGGGGAGUAUUUAACGGGGGUGCACCAGCGCCAGCCGCUUACAGUCGGGGGCUACAAGGUGACGCUGGGGCAGAUGCAGGGGCUGCUCGCGGAGAGAAAGGCCCGCGUGUCUUCGGCCUUCGAGGACCAGAACUCGGCCACCCACCUGAUGCGCCACGCGGUGGGGAACAACGAGUUCGGCACCGUGGACCACGAGAGGCUUUCCAAGAUGCUGUCGCUGCCCGAGGAGCUGGCUCGCAUGUACCGCGACGACAUCACCAUCAUCAUCACUCAGUUCAACCCUCACGUGAUCGGAGCACAGAGGCAGGAGGGACAGUCCUGAGCUGACCAGAAGCCAUUCAACUGAUGACAGCACACACACUUCCCUGACUGUGUAUUGUAGGUUUCUACAUGUAAGCACACAGUGGAGAAACAGGCCAUAUUAAGAAUAUAUCUGUCCAGCAGCUCUUUGUUUUAACUCUAUUUAUGUGAAGAAUUUGUACGUUUGUAUGCAGUGUUACAGAAAAUCUUUCUUUCUUCUAAGGUAAAACUUGUUCUUCUACAGCAUAUUAUUUAUACUACCAGUAUUGUCCACCGUCGCUCUUCUCUGCCAGACUGAUAAGACGCCGUUACGGACUGACUUCAGUGCCAAAACGUUCGACCUCCUCGUCUGCUGAGAGGCCCAGCUGGGGCUGGAGUUGUAGAAAUUUCCAAAGAAAGUGAAGGUGGCGGCUUUAAACGAGUAAAGAGGCCCCGUGUGACGGCUCUGACUCCGAACGCCAGCUUUCCUGAAGUGGACUUUAACCGGGCUGCGCCACUGAAGCAGCACGCUUUGUUCCUGUGCUGCCGCUCGCGUUCCCGUUACAUCCCAGACACAACCUUUAACACUUCCUGCUUCCAAGAGACUCUAGAUUUUACUCCUGACUGUUGCAUCUACCUGUUCUUACCUCUUAUUGUGUGGGUCAUUGUGUGAGACGUUCUUAGUACUGUCUGGACAUGAAUGCUUUUGUCUGCAUUCACACGGCUGUCUGAAGCAGUGUUUUGUUUUUGUUUUAUGUUUUUUUCCUCUACUCUGGCUCUCUGGAUUGCUGAUUUUGAGUUUCACACAUUCAUAUUGAUUGGACAACUGAGUACUCAUAUAAUGUAGGUGUAAAUAUUGUAAAUUUAAAGCUUGAAGUAAAAAAAAAAAAUAUAUAUAUAUAUAUAUAUAUGUAUAUAUAUUCUAUUAAACAGAAAAUGUAGGUAGGUGGUUUGAGGCCUUAAAAUCAGACUUAAUUCUUUUUAUAUAAAAGAAAUGUUUUAUCCCAAAUCCAGCGAGCCAGAGCACGGACUAAAAGACUAACACACAGCACUUUGUCUUUACCAAGACAACGUGACCUGUGCAACACUACAGGUAGACUCGUAUAGUCUACAGGCUUUUCUGUGACAUUAUCACUUCAGCACUGCUUGAAAAAGUACUUAAUAUUGCUCUCCAUUUUCCAUGUAUAUUACAACACUAUUUAGGCUAAAUAGACGGUGGUGGAUUAUAACCGAGUGUGUCCGUUGAUGAACCUCUGACUAAAGUUGAACGUAGCUUCUUCUCCAAACGGCAUCCACAGGAGACGUCAAUAGCAGUCGUCGGGAUUUUAUUACUCACGACUCCGGUUGUGAAAGCAGACCACUCCUGCAGAUGCUCUCCGCUUACCCAUGAAUCACAGGGCUGUGUGUUUGAAUGCAACCAGGCCCACACGAAUGAGCAGAAUGUACAUUUGAAAGAAGCUGUUUGAAUAUCUAACCUUAUUUAUUCAGCUUCGGCAAUAUGUUACACGUCUUUACUGUCGGAUGUAUAAAUUGUAAGUUAUGUGUGUUACGUUUUGUAUAUGGAGCUGUUUAAUAAAACGCUGGAUACGCAGA